ACACAUGUCAACACUUGUGUAAAGUAAGACAAUUGGGCGUUGUCAGCAUCACAAAACACUAAAGUUUUAGCCGCAACAAAAGAUGAGACACCCUCACAGUACCUUGUCCGCCAAUCACUGCGAAAAAUCCCCUUAAGUAAUCCCCGGUCACCACUCAUCCUACUCAACUCUUCCAUCACUAAAUUAGCAACAUAGGAGAUAGCGGGUUGCCCUGUCUCGUUCCUCUUGAGCUACUGAAGAAACCACAUGAAUUGCCACUCACAAGGACAAAAAAUCUGGCGGUUGAUGACUUGAUAUGAAAAACUUGAUCCAUUUCCGCCAUCUUGCACCAAAUCCCAUCUUCAACAUAAUGAAAUCAAGGAACUCCCAAUUAACAUGAUCAUAGGCCUUCUCAAGAUCCAAUUUGCACAAAUCCUAGGUUCGCUCACUUUCUUCUCGAAUCAAUCACUUCAUUAGCUAGCAAGUGUUUCUAAUAUAGUAGUAAUUAUUAAGAAUGCUUUCUAUCAAGUGUUUCUCUAAUAUAAUAAAGCUAAAAUAUAAGCGACUAAAUGAGUUAAAAUGUUUAUAUUUGAAAUAUGAAGUUCAGUAAAUUGGACCUGGAUGAGCUGUCAAGUCAUAUUCACCAGUUCUAGAUUAGUGACUAUUCAAGCUUCCCCUCACUGACAUACAAAUCUAUAAACAGCUAGAAGGACUCUUAGUAAACGCUGGACUAACAGCGUACCAACCUGACUAUGCCUUAAUCCACACUAGUUAGUAUUGCCUAUAUGAAUCUUUUGCUUCCAUUAUGUUCUACUUUUUGCAAAGUUUGCAUAAACUCCAAGAAAUUACAAUAAACUGAGAUAAGCCUUUUCCUACACUCAAUCUACACCAUGUUACUUAUUAUGCAAAUACUCUGCAUGACUUACUUACCUUAUUGUCUUAGUAGGGCUGAACUCUCAUUAUUUGUAGCUUUAUUUGUGUCUUGUAGAUUAAUGAUGAAAUGGUGAGAUUGGAAGAUUUGUUAGAAGCAUUGGUUGGUCUUUGCAGACUUAAAAAUGUUGCUAUAAUUCAUAGGUCUUUGCAUAUACUGCUAGAGGUUUUGAAUUUCACUUUCAGUAUGGAAAGAAAAUUUGGUAAAAGGGACAACAUUGUGAUGGAGGGACCUUCUUGUUGGGAUAAUGCGUCAGAUCUGUACGAAUAUGGAUAUCCUGGAACUAGAGGACUGCCCCAUGUCCAUGAUGAGAAAAUAUUUGAUCAAGAUCAUGCUGAUGGCCCGAGAUUGGAUACUGUUGAUACUUAUGCCAGGAUAGGAUUCACCAAUUGUGGAUCUAGCUGUUUGAUAUCUUCUCAUUUCAACUAUUUUCCUCUUUUUGAAUUAAUGUGCGAAAUUAUCAUGAUUCAUGAGGUAGAACAUGUAAGACUCCAGGCAGUUUCAGUCAUGAAUCUCAUUGUUGCAAGAAGUAAUGCGUACUUGGAGAGGGAAAAGUAUGGGACAGAUAUACCGUUCCAAAGUAUUUCAAAACUAUUGAAGAAGGGAGCUCACGUGCAUGUAAAGAAGAAAGCUGUGCAUCUUCUUCAUAUGCUACUAAAUUGCCCAAGAGUAAUGGCCUCAUUCUGCAGCUGUCUCGUGGAGGGAGAUGGGGGUGGCAUGGUUGAUACCAAUUCCAAGGAUACUUCAACCUUUCCCGUAGUCAGUGUGAUCUUGGAGAGUUUGGCAGAAUGUAUCACCUGCACUGGAAGUAAUGCUGAGGUAUGUUUAAUAUAUUUUAGCUUUAAUUAUCCUAUCUUCUGCCCAUUCCUUAUUUCGUAUUGUUAGAUAAUCUCCUUUUGCUUUCAUAUAAGCAAAUAUUGCUUUUUUUCCCCUUCUAGCCAGCUUGACCCAACUGUUUUGUUUGCUUCAGGCAGUUGUAUUCUGAGAUGCAUUCUUUUGAUUAGAAUGUGCGUAUGCCACCACAUACGCACAUCUAAAUUUUUAUAAUAGUAGUUUCUCUAUCAGAUUUUUAUAGUUGUUGUUAAGGUUCCACAGAGUACCCUUGAGAUCCUGAAACCAAUUUGACGUGAGAAAUAAAAAAUAAAACGAGUUGACUUAUGAGAUAGAUUACUGGCGUUUGCAUCGAUUAUGAUGUUGGGCGAUCUAAUAGAGAUAGGGGCAAAAAGAUUCUGAAAUUCUAGUGUGACACAGCACAAAUAGAACACUAAAAUUAUUAGUGUUAUAAACCAAAACCCCCAUGAUUUUGGUAUAGUGGUGAGAGCGCAACAUGUGAUGUAUGAGUUAAUCGCACAUCAAGGGUUUGAACCCUGCUGCACACAAACAUGUGGUAUUUAAGUGGAGAAGGGUAGAGGGGCAAGCCCAUUAUCAUCCGAGUUUAGAAAGUGGAGAAGGAUAGAGGGGUGAGCCCAUUUAUCAUCUGAGUUUAGAACCUGGCUCCGUUGGUCCUCAACAUAUUUCUCGGUUAUCAAAAAAAUAUUAGUGUUAUUAAAGGCCUACUUGAGGCAGCUUAAACCUUGGAAGCUAAAUGAAGCCAAAGUUGGCCUUUUCACUCAUUAAUAGCUUAAAUGUAGGCAUCCUGUUGCUAUGGCAUGCACUUCAAAGCAACGAGCAUUGUCUUAAAGAAGACAACACUAAGCAAUAAUACAAAAAGCAAAUCGAUUAAUUUUUAAGGGUAGGUUAUUACUAUACUCCCUCAGUUGAACCUAUUUGACUGAGCACGAAGUUUAAGAAAGAAUGAAAGUCUUUUGAAACUUGUGGUCUAAAACAAUCAUUAGAUAUUUGUGUGGCUAUAAAUUAUCCCAUUAAGGGUAAAAUGGGAAGUUUAAAGUUACAUUGUUUUCAAAUUUAGAAAAGGUUCAUAUUCUAUUUGAAACGGACUAAAAAAGAAAUAAGUUCACUCUUUUUUGAAUGGAGAGAGUAUAUGAUAGUGAUCCCAAAUAGGAAGUUAGAAUUCAAAUUUGAAAACAAGUCAUUAAUCUGAACUACAAACUUAAAACCAUAUUCCUUAUGUCAAAGUUUGAAAUUUAAAAUGGUUUUUGAACGUAAUUCACAUGAUAUUUACUUCAAAUAUUGAGUAUCCUUUUGGUUUUAGGGCUAUGUUAAUUAAAGGAGUUUAUUGACCUAGAGAAUAUCUGCACAUGGUGUUUAUUGACCUAGAGAAAGCGUAUAACAAGGUUCC